GCAUACGUAGUUCUAGGGCAGUACUUAGUGUUAAAGAAGAAUAAGGAGUUAUUUCAAGAAUGGAUGAAGGAUGCGUGCUCGGCGAACUCGAAACAGUCAACAGAUUGUUACCAAUGUCUCACCGAUUGGUGCGAAGAAUUUUUGUAAAGUAGCUGUGACAUAGAUUCUCGACUUCAAUGUUCUUUUAAGGGCGCAAAGAAUUAACUAUAAAGUUGUAUAACAUACAUUUUAUGAAAUAUAACAUAUAUUUUAAUACUUAUAUUUUAAACAUAUCUUGCUUAAAACUUCAAAUAGUAAAUGUUUAUUCCUAGAAACUUAUGUGACUAAUAGUCAUAGUCGUAUAUAUCGCAUUUUCAAAUUUAUUUCAUAAUUUGAAAACAUUCGUUUUAUGUUGUAUUUAUUUUGCAAUAAUAUACAUAAUAAUAAAUUAAUAAGAUAAUGUAAAAUAAAUAAAUUCUAAAUUUUUGUACACAAUCAAGAUACACAUUAUUGAAAGAAAACUGUUACACUUUAAUCAAUACAAAUGUUACAAAAGAAUGUGCAGUCUUAUAGGUAUAAGAACGUUAACAACCCUAAAAGUACAAUGUAAUGUUUAUGUAAACGUCACAGAGGAAAUAAAAGCAAGGUUUAUUCUCUAAUAA